UUUCUUUGUGUUGCAAUACGGAAACGGAUUUUGAUAUUGAGUGAUUUAGGGUUUGCCUGAGAAAGUUGCAGCACCUUUGAGUCAUCAGGAUUUUGCAUUUUUUUAGUAGUGUUGUUCGUAGUCACGUUGCCACACCCUGUGUGUUAGUGUUAUUGUUAUCGAUUUGCGCAAGCGCUGUUGUAGGGAUUAACUAGUUCGCCUUUCCGUCGUUGUUUGAUCGAAAUUGUUGUUGUCGUUUAACUGUCGAGCAACUGCGUUGUACUGUUAACUUGCAAGGAAAGCAUAGUGUUCCAUUAUUAUUAGUGAAGUUGCAUAAUGGGAGCUGUGUUAGGUAUUUGCAGUGCGGCCCAGCUGGCUUGCUGUUGCGGAAGUGCAGCCUGUGGCCUCUGCUGCCAAGCAUGCCCAUCAUGCAAGAAUUCAUCAUCAACCAGGAUUAUGUAUGCUAUCAUGUUGUUACUGGGGACCAUUGUUGCAUGUAUAAUGUUAAGUCCUGGGUUAGCAUCUGCCAUGCAAAAAGUUCCAUUUUGUGAUGGCUCGGAAAGCAGUGUGCCAGGCAUGAUUGUAGCCAAUGCCAUCAAAAUUGACUGUGGAAUUGCAGCUGGCUAUCUAGCUGUGUACCGACUUUGUUUUGGCAUGACUUUGUUUUUCCUCUUCAUGGCACUUAUCAUGAUUGGUGUUCGCAAUUCAAAGGAUCCAAGAGCUGGCAUUCAAAAUGGGUUUUGGGCCAUCAAAUAUCUUGUUUUGAUUGGAGCAAUUAUUGGGGCUUUUUUCAUCCCAGAAGAUGAAGCUGGAACUUUUGGCACUACAUGGAUGUAUUUUGGAUUAAUUGGAGGUUUUUGCUUCAUUCUCAUCCAAUUGGUGCUUGUGGUUGAUUUUGCGCACCGCUGGGCCGAAUCAUGGGUGGACAAAUACGAGGAAACGAGUUCAAAGGCUUGGUACUGUGCAUUGAUUUUCUUUACCUUUUUCCAAUACGCCCUGUGCAUAACUGCUGUUAGCUUGUUCUUCGUCUACUAUACCACGAGUGACGACUGCGCUUUGAACAAAUUUUUCAUCUCCAUCAACCUGAUUUUAUGCAUGUUGGUCAGUGUCGUAGCUGUGUUGCCAAAAGUGCAAGAAUACCAACCGCGUUCGGGCUUGUUGCAAGCUUCAAUUGUCAGUCUUUACACACUCUAUUUGACAUGGUCUGCCAUGUCAAAUAACCCUGAUGCACACUGCAAGCCAAAUUUUUCGGAUAUAAUCAACGGCCAGACAGGACCCAGUACCCAAGAACAGAAGCCAACCUUUGACGCCGAAUCGAUUGUGGGCCUCGUGAUCUGGUUUUGUUGUGUCCUGUACUCGAGUAUCCGUACUGCUUCCAACAAACAAACGGAGCGUCUAAUUGGUUCGGAUAAAGUACUGGCUAAAACCGACGACGGAUCUACAGGAAGCGGUGCUGAUGUCCAUGAAGUCGAGUCCGGCGGCAAAGUAUGGGAUAACGAGGCAGAUGGAGUCGCGUAUUCUUGGUCUUUCUUUCAUUUGAUGUUCGCCCUUGCCACAUUAUACGUUAUGAUGACUAUAACGAAUUGGUACAAACCUACCUCGGACUUGUCCACGCUGAGCAGCAACGAAGCGUCUGUCUGGGUGAAAAUUAUAUCCUCUUGGUUGUGUCUUGGACUAUACCUUUGGUCUUUGAUCGCCCCCGCAGUGCUACCUGAUCGCGAUUUUAGUUAAACAAGUUGUGAACAAUCCAUUUAUAUAUUCGAGGUAUUUUUUUUGGUCUAAAUGUCGAGCAGUUCUUGCAUCAGUAUCCUAUACGGUGUUAGGAAGUCGUACGAAUAUCUUCAUUAAUCCCAUUUUUUUUAAUUAAGAGGUCUUCGUUGACAUGACACAAUAUCUCUUAACCAGUCCCCGUUUUACCUUUCGGCGCACGCAAUAUGUAAACCAACGUCGAUUAAAGAAUACAUGUAAGAAAUCA